GCCAUUUGCCGCGCAGCCGUCAACACAAAUACGCGAUAAACAAGUUUUUUUUAAUGAUAGACAUUAGACUUUAGACGUUUGUUUUUUUUCCCUGCUCCGACCGUGGGCCAACUAUACCGAAACAAGUGGGUGUUCGCUCGAGAUAAUACCGUUCGAUUAUUUUACGGCGACUCUUGCCGUUUUCGUGUGCAUGCGAUCGUGUCGUGUCGAUGUGUGUGAUUUGAUUAAUUAUUGCUGAUUGCUGAUUUCCGUUUCCCUGCCCUCACUGUAUCCCGGUUGGGUUUUCGUUAUUUUUGACGAUCGGUUCUGCAGCGCGCGUGUCAAACUCCGUCCAGAGCCGACAGAGUGUCCGGAGAGACCUGAACACUGCCCAUCUACGACCGACAUUAUGGCUGAAGUUCAAGAUGCUAUAAAUGUUGGUAAACCAGUACCAAUAGUUUUGGCUGAAGAAGAUCAUCAGUUCAUACUUGAUGAAGAAGCUCUUGAAAGUAUUCUUUUGAAAGAUGAUAUUAAAGAUCGAAAUGUUGUUGUGGUUUCUGUUGCUGGAUCUUACCGAAAAGGGAAAUCAUUUUUAAUGGAUUUUUUUCUCAGAUACAUGAAAGCCACAUAUCAUUUAAACCUAAUAAAUGAAGAUGCACAUUGGAUUGGUUCAGAUGAUAAGCCAUUGGAUGGCUUUACCUGGCGUGGUGGAUCUGAUAGAGAUACUACAGGUAUUCUUAUGUGGUCUGAAGUAUUUAAAGCCACUUUAGAAGAUGGUGAAAAAGUAGCCAUUGUACUACUAGAUACACAAGGUACAUUUGAUAGUGAAAGUACGGUCAAAGAUUGUGCCACAGUCUUUGCAUUAAGUACUUUGCUUAGCUCAAUUCAAAUAUAUAACCUAAAAUUUAAUAUACAAGAAGAUGAUUUACAACAUCUACAGCUGUUUACCGAAUAUGGUCGUUUAGCACUAGAAGAUUCUGGUACAAAACCAUUCCAGAAGUUACAGUUCUUAGUUAGAGAUUGGAGUUUUCCAUAUGAAGCUGAAUAUGGAGCAGAAGGUGGGCAAAAAAUAUUAAACAAAAGACUGCAAAUAUCUGACAAACAACACCCAGAACUUCAGUCUUUGAGAAAACACAUUAAAUCGUGUUUUUCUGAUAUCAGUUGUUAUUUAAUGCCUCAUCCUGGUCUGAAUGUUGCUACUAAUCCCAACUUUGAUGGCAAACUAUCUGAAAUUGAACCAGAGUUCAAACAAAACCUUAUUACUAUGAUACCAAUGUUGUUAAGACCAGACAGGUUAAUUUUAAAAGAAAUUGGUGGACAAAAAAUAAAAGCAAAAGAGUUAGUCCAGUAUUUUAAAGCAUACAUUAAAUUGUUUACUGGGGCUGAAUUACCAGAACCAAAAUCUAUGCUUGUUACAACAGCUGAAGCCAAUAAUUUAUCUGCUGUCGCAUCUGCUCGAGAAGUGUACCGCCAGACAAUGGAUACUAUUUGUGGUGGUAACAGACCAUAUUUGAACAACAACACACUAGAUGAGGAACACGCUAAAAGCAAAGACAUGGCAAUGGAACAAUUUAUUGCUAAACGAAAAAUGGGUGGUGAUGAAUUUUCAGAAUCUUACAAAUUUAAAUUAGAAAGUGAUAUCGAAGAAGACUUCAUAAAAUUUAAAUCACAAAAUGAAAGUAAAAACGUAUUUAAGUCAGCGCGUACACCAGCAGUAUUCUUUGCAGUUGCAGUUGCUUGUUAUUUCAUAUCUGGAUUAUUUAACUUCUUUGGAAUAUACUCUGUAGCCAGUGGUAUUAACUUAAUUAUGGGUCUUGCUCUUCUCAUUCUUAUAUUGUGGGCAUAUAUAAGGUAUAGUGGAGUACAUAGCGAAAUAGGUUCAAAUAUUGAUGAUGCUGCUAACAUUAUGUGGGACAAUUUUCUGAAGCCAAGCUAUGAAAUUUUCCUUCAAAAAGGUUUAGAACAAGCCACAAACCAAGCAAUCAACAUAGCCGUGAAUAACACAACAUCUCCUAUUGCUGGUGUUCAGUCCCCAUUUGGAAAAAGACCUAUGCAAAGAAUGAAUUCCCAUGUCGAGAUGAACGACAGGUUUAAACAGUCAUGAUAUAAUAUUGCCUCAUGACGUUGUUAAGUCGUAUCAUAAAUGGC